AUGAUCAAAAAGGGCAUUGUUGGGCUGUUCGUUCGACACAACAAAUUCCUCCGAACAUGUAGCCUCGAAAGUGCAGCCUGCCGUUUGCCAUGGUCGGGUGUAUGGAUCAAAGGCGAUCGAGAAUUCAAUAUCACACAAGAAUCGCUCGGUUCACUGGGAUCGUGUCGAUCGAAGAACAAUGACCAGUACCUUUUGAGCAGCUCAACAGAUCGUGGCGAUUGUUUUCGAUGUCUGAUCGUAUUUCCCGUGCACGAAAAUGUUCUACAAUACAAAAUUAGUAAGUUUGACUAUUUUAUUUUGAACUGA